AUGUCAUUAGAUAAUGAGCAUGAUCAAUUCAUGGAUAAUUUAAAACCAGCGGUUCCAUCAUCAUCAUCAUCAUUAUCAUCGCUGGAUUUAUCACAAGCUGAAAAAGAAUUAAAUCAAUUACAACAAGAUAAACAAAACUUGAUGAUACAACAAAAUCAACAAUAUUUAGAAUCAUUAUUUCAAGAUCAUAAACAUCAACCAAUUAAAAUUAGAAAUGUACAAAUCACCAAUGGUCAAUUAUAUAGAGAUGAAUUUUUAAAAUAUCAAUUUCGAAAUUUACUUAAUGGAGAAAUCAUGAGUUUGGGUAAUUAUGUUAAAAAUGUGAAUCAAAUAUCCAAAGAUUUAAUAAAUUCCGGUAUAAUUGAUAAUUUACAAGUUGUGAAUAAUUUAGUUAAUCCACCAAUGUUUUCCAAGAGUCAAGCAUAUCAUGUUGUCCCCGUUUUCAAUAUUGUUCCACUGAAAAGAUUUUUCGCUAAAACGGGGACUAAUAUAGGUAAUGGAGAAGGAGAUGGAUAUAUACAAUUUCAAUUUAAAAAUUUAUUUGGUGGUGGAGAAAAUUUAAUAUUUGAUGCUAUAACGGGGACGAAAACUAAAUCAUCAUAUUUACUUAAUUAUAAUCAACCCAUUGGUAAUAAUUUACAAUAUAUGAAUGAGAAUUUAUUAUUAAUAAACACUAGAAAUUUAGAUUGGUUACAAUCAAAUGUCACUACUCGAGGAAUGAUUAAUAAACUAUAUACCCGAUUUCAUGGUGAUAUUACAUGCUUAAAUCAUGAAAUUAUAUUGGAAAAUAGUUGGAAAAUAUUGAAUAACCACCUGAGUAAAUCAAUGCAAGUUUUACAACAAUCAGGAUCUCAAUUUAAAUCAUCAAUUUCUUAUAAUUUGAAUUAUGAUACAAGAGAUAAUAAACAUUUACCAACUAAAGGAAAAUUUUUUCAAAUUGGUUUAGAAUAUAAUGAUCCAUCAAUUUUAUUCUUCAAAUUGAAAAAUCAAUAUCCAUUUAUCAAAACCGUGACUCAAUCUCAAUUUAUUCAUCGAUUUCCAUUUAUUAAUUCAAAUUUAAUCAUCACCAAUAAAUUUGGAUUAUUAUAUCCUUUGACAAAAGACAAGAAUUCAUCAUUGUUAGAUAGAUUUUAUAUUGGAGGACCAAAUGAUGUACGAUCAUUUUUACUUAAUGGAUUAGGUCCAAAAGAUUAUAAUUCAUGUAUUGGUGGUGAUUUAUUUUUAAAUGGUGGGAUAUCAUUAAUUACUGAUAUACCAAAAUAUAAUGAAUCAAAUUUUAAAAUUCAUAAUUUUAUUAAUUUUGGAAGAUUAGUAGGGUUUAAUAAAGAUAUUAGUCUAUUUAAUAAUUUACAAAAUUUGAAUUUAACUUUAACUAGUCAAUAUUCAAUAAGUUAUGGAUUUGGUAUAUUAUUUAAUCAUCCUAUGGCUAGAUUUGAAUUGAAUUUUGUGUUGCCAUUGGUUACUCAUGAAAGAGAUUCACUUCGUAAAGGUAUACAAUAUGGUAUUGGUGUAUCAUUUUUGUAA